AUGGAGGUCUUGGCUAUUAGUUUGGGAGUGGAUCGUUUGCAUUAUAGAAGGUUUUUUGAAGAUGGUGACUCAAUAAUGAGGUGCAACUAUUAUCCACCUUGCAUCAGUGCCAACCUCACAUUAGGAACUGGCCCUCACACUGAUCCAACCUCACUCACCAUUCUUCACCAAGACCAAGUUGGAGGCUUAGAGGUUUUUGUAGAUAACAAAUGGCUAGCUGUUCGCCCUAGAUCUGAAGCCUUGGUCAUUAACAUUGGUGACACUUUCAUGGCACUGUCAAAUGGGAGAUACAAGAGUUGUGUGCACAGGGCAGUGGUGAACAGAAAGAGAGAGAGAAAGUCAUUGGUAUACUUUGUGUGUCCAAGGAAGGAGAAAGUGGUGAGGCCUCCAGAGACUCUGAUAACAAAAAAUGAGGAUAGAAAGUACCCUGAUUUCACAUGGUCCAAUUUGUGUGACUUCACUCAGAAACACUACAGGGCUGAUCAUGCCACGCUCCAAGCCUUCCUUCACUGGAAAACCUCUUCCAACUUCUAG